AUGGCCCAUAAGAAGCAGGCAUGGGCGAAGCGGGUGAAGAAGGAACGCUUCAAGAAGAAAUUCCUGACGCGCAUGCAGGCGACGCGGCUACUGCAGAUGGAGUCCGUGCAGUUCCGCCGCCUCUGCAUCCUCAAGGGCAUCUACCCCCGUGCCCUCCAGCGCAGCAAGCAGAAGCAAAGUGGCAACGAGAAGCAGUACUACCUCGCCCGUGAGAUCAAGUGGCUGGUGCGCGACCAGAUAGCGGAGAAGAUGAUGGCAUACCGGGCAUGGGAGAAGAAGGUGAAGCGGGCGGAGGCGAUGGGCCGCGCCGAGGACCUCAAGGUACUGCAGAGCUCACGCGUGAAGCCGCGCCACAGCCUGGUGGCGACGAUUAAAGAGCGCUACCCAUACUUCAUCGACGCCAUCCGCGACGUGGAUGACGCCAUGUCGAUGAUCCACCUCUACGCCUUCCUUAGCCCGGAGAUCAAGUCUGAUACCACCAUCGAGAUACACCACUCCCUCACCUCCGGCAUGAGCGAGAAGGCCAAGGAGAUGUGUGAACGCUGGGACCGCUACGUCGCACGCGCGCGCGUGCUGACGAAGGGCUUCAUCUCCAUCAAGGGCUACUACUACGAGGCGAUUGUCAAGGGCGAGCGGGUGCGGUGGCUGUGCCCGCACGAGUACGCUCACCGCUUCCCCCCGGGCAUCCAGCAAUACGUGAUGCUCAGCUUCCUCGAAUUCUACUUGGAGAUGAUGAAGUUCGUCCUCUUCAAGCUCGAGUCGGACCUCGCGCGCGAUGAGGCGGACCGCCUGGCGGCCGAGGAUGAGGAGGGUGUUGCCCGCGCGAACGCCGAGGACUUCGCGAACGGUGCGGCGCUGGCGGUGCUGGAUGUAGGCGCCAACCAGGCGCAGGCCAAGGAGGUGAAGGAGGCGGAGUCGAAGCGCUCUUUGAUGGAGGAGGAGCUGCAGAAGGUGCGCGAGCUGUUCCGCGGGCUGACCUUUUUCAUAUCACGUGAGGUGCCCGCGAAGCACUUCGCCCUCGUCAUCAAGGCGUGCGGCGGCCGUGUGGCGACCGACUACGUGCCAUCGAACAUCACUCACGUCGUUGUUGACCGGCCCUCGCUGCCGCCAGGGAUGAAAAGGUAUGACCCGCUCGAGUAUGUGCAGCCGCAGUACAUCUUCGACUGCCUGAACGCGCGGCUGAUGCUCCCGGUGACGGGCUACCGCAUGGGCGAGGAGCUGCCGCCGCACGUGUCGCCCUUCUCUGUCUCCAUCACGAACUCCGCCGAGGACAACGCGGCGGUGGAGCAGGUGAAGAAGGACCACCCGAAGAUCGUGGGCUACGUGCCGGCCCGCGUGCAUGAGGUCCGCAAGCUGAUCAACCCGUCUUACUCUGCGGUCGACCCGGAGGGGAAGGUAGCGCAUCUGGAGGACGAGUACAGCGACGAAGAGUGUCAUGUGGCGGUGCCGGAGAUGGACAUGGAGGACGACGUCUCGCUCUCCGGCGACGAGCUUGCUGAGGCGCGCAGGAAGCCGGCGUGGCAGGAGGAGGAGGUCACGGAGGAAGUGCAGCGGCCGAAGCUGUCGGCGUUCAAGGUGAAGAAGCAGCGCGAGAUGAGCCUGAUGAACGCGCCAACGAAUGAGAUAGUGGCGCGGCGGCGGCAGGCGCUGCGCAAGUCGCAGGAGAAGUCACGUCAGGCGGAAACGUCCGAGGCACGCCUGCAGCGAAGGAUGAGCGAGGUGAAGCGCCAGGAGGCGGCGACACGCAAGAUGCAGCUGCAGGUCGCUCGCAAGAAGGCGGCGCGCUUUUACAAGAUGGUCAGCGGUGUGGUGCAGGGUACGGCGAAGAAGGCGGCGACGCUGGAGGCAAAGGCGAAGCACAUUGCCGAAGGGAAGCUGCACAAGACCGAGGAUGGCAAGGGACUUGUCAACACGCGGCUGGAGGCGCGACGGCAGCGAGCCGAGGCGAAGGGCAAGAAGCUCAAGGAGAAGAAGGCCGACAACCCGUACAAGAAACUGCCCAAGUGGGUGCAGUAG